ACCAAAUUACCAAAUUUGCCCAAAAAUUCUCUCUCUCUCUCUCUCUCUCUCCUGAUUUUUCUCUUUCCCCUUCUCUCUCACCUCACAACCGUCGCGCUCCAAUUUCUUGCUCCGAUGGCUACGGUUCUCGAUUCCCUCACUCUUCCCUGUUCCUCUGCUUUCUCUUCGCCUUCUUCUUUCUCCGGCCGCCGGACCUCCCUCGCCCUCCCGCAGUUCAGAGGCUUGAAGAUCUCCCACAGCUUCACUUCCCACUCUAUAAGAUCUGCCAGAUCCAGUUCCAGGUUUGCUCCGCGUUCCGGGAGAAUCGUCUGCGAAGCUCAGGAAACUACUGCCGUAGUGCCUGCUGCUACAGAAGCUACCUGGCAGUCACUUGUUAUUGAAAGUGAAUUACCCGUUCUAGUCGAGUUCUGGGCACCAUGGUGCGGUCCAUGCCGCAUGAUCCAUCCUCUAAUUGAUGCUCUAAGCUCCGAGUAUUCGGGAAGAUUUAAAUUUUACAAGGUUAAUACUGAUGACAAUGCUGCAAUUGCAUCCCGAUACGGUAUAAGAAGCAUCCCAACUGUCAUUAUCUUCAAAGGUGGUGAGAAGAAGGAGGCAGUAAUUGGUGCAGUUCCCAAAUCAACUUUGAUUGCCAGCAUGGACAAAUUCUUGUAGAGAUAGCUGAUAAAAAGUAUGAAUCGAAUGAACGUAAGCUGCUUUCCCAUAAUUUCUUUAAUUUUAGCCUCUUAUAUCUGAAGAUGAAUUCUCUACCCUGGAAAUAAACUCUCCUCAUUUGUCACAUAUAGUUCCUAAUGCAACUGGUUCCUAAUGCAACUGUAUCUUCGUUAGAUUGUAUCUAUUUUCUCUUUACUUUCUCUAUGGAUGCAUCUUUCUUUA